AUGAUAAGACGAUCACUAAGCCAUAUACAUACUUUAGGUACUCGUUUACAGGGUCGGAGGUGUUUUGGAAACAUUCAUGUCCCUUUUCAAGAUGAUUUGGAUCCAGCCGAUGCCGAUGAUUUCAACUUACUGGACUUUCAACAUUACAAAGAAUCUAAAGAUAUUCUAGAAUAUAAACAAAAGCUUUACAUGGAAUUAGAACAAGAAACACCGGAAGAGAAUGCUGAAUUACAAAAGUAUACUGAAUUGAGAGAACCAGUGAUAUUUGUAUCGAAACUAAAGGAUCCGUACUUAAAUCUUGCAAUAGAAGAUAGUAUCUACAAUGAUAUGCCAAUUCCUGAUGACGACUCCAAAGCUAAUUACAACAGGUUAAUGUUUUAUAAAAACUGGCCCUGUGCUGUCAUUGGUAAAAAUCAGAACCCUUGGAAGGAAGUUAACUUACCGCUAUUAAACUCGUUACACAUUCCUCUAGUAAGAAGACGGUCAGGUGGUGGAACUGUUGUUCACGACCUUGGUAAUAUAAAUUAUUCAUUCAUGACCACUAAAUCUAAAUUUGAUAGGUUUAAGUUCGCUGAAAUAAUAAGAGACUCGGUGAAUAAGUACCCGGACCUUAAGUAUAAGUUGAAAGUUAACGAAAGGGGAGAUAUAACUACAGUGACACAGUCCGAUGGAAUUGCUUAUAAAGUUAGUGGAUCAGCUUACAAGUUAUCAAAAGGUAAAUCGUACCAUCAUGGUACUAUGUUGUUGAAUCUGAAGUUAGAUGUUUUGAGUAAAUUAUUAACGAGAGAUGAACGCAAGCUAGGCAUUGUUGAUUCUAUGGCAUCAAUUAACUCAGUUAAAUCCAAGGUUAUUAAUUUAGAAUUGGACCACCAAAAGUUCAUCGAUUUAGUAAGUGACGGUUUUAGCAAGAAUUACGGUAUGGUUGAAAAAGAAGAUAGCAGUCAAAAAGAAAAAGACCCAUCUUGUCCAGAAGAGUACGAUCACAAUGAACUAUUUAACCUUACUGAUUUUGUUGAGGCAUAUUCUGAUUAUGCAAGGGUCAUUACUAUAGAUGAAAAGACUGAGUUAAACCAAAAAAUCUAUGACUUAGCUAAUGAAUUAAAAGAAUGGAAAUGGAAAUAUGGAUCAACGCCUAAGUUCAGUCACGAAUUAUACAAUGAAAAGUUUGGUUUUACAAUUAAAUUUCAUAUAAAAAAAGGAGCAAUUAUAGAUAAAUUUGAAUUGUCAUUCGACGAUAUAACCAAUCGUAUGAUUUCUACAGAAAAGAUCGAGGAAAGUUUUGAGUUCCUUCAGCAAAUAGUUGAAACACAAGAGUUACAAUACACUGGAAGUAAUGUUAGUGGCUUUAUUACAAAUGAUAUGAUUAGUGAUUGGGUCGGCCAAUCUAUAGACGGUACUAUGUAG